CGCGGCAUGUUUGACUCGCGCAGGAUUAACGUAGCAGAACUUCGCCAGACUUUGGGACUUCACAGAAGGAGUUUAUUUUCGAGGGCGAAGGGUCUAUGUUAAUGAAUGGACCCUGCUUGUUUUACUUCAGCGCAGCGUCUUUCUUGUAAAAUGAUGAAUCCGGAUUUGUUCAAACCGUGUCAAGCGGCCGCCAAGCCGAACCGGAGUAACGUUAAAUCCGAGCACGUUAAGACGGAGAUCGCGCAGGUGGUGGUUGACGCAAAGACUGGAAGAUCGUACUGUAAAGGAAAGCUUUUGGGAAAGGGUGGUUUUGCACGAUGUUAUGAGAUGACGGAUCUUGCCAACAACAAGAUGUAUGCUGUGAAAGUUAUUCCUCAAAGCAGAGUCGCAAAGCCACACCAGAGAGAGAAGAUCAUUAAUGAAAUCGAGCUUCACAAAAGCCUCCAACACAAGCAUGUGGUGAAGUUUUCCCAUCACUUUGAGGACCAAGACAACAUUUACAUCUUCCUUGAACUCUGCAGCAGAAAGUCGCUGGCACACAUUUGGAAAGCAAGACAUACGCUGACAGAUCCAGAAGUACGUUACUACCUCAAACAGAUCAUAUCUUCGCUCAAAUACCUCCACAACAAAGGCAUCCUCCACAGAGACCUCAAACUAGGUAAUUUUUUUGUGAACGAAAACAUGGACUUGAGAUUGGGAGAUUUUGGGCUGGCAGCAAAGCUGGAGACAGUCGAGCAGAGGAAGAAGACCAUCUGCGGGACUCCAAACUACCUAGCACCAGAGGUCUUAAACAGACAAGGCCAUGGGACAGAGUCAGAUGUUUGGUCGCUGGGUUGUGUAAUGUACACACUCCUUUGUGGGAAUCCACCUUUUGAAACCUUAGACUUGAAGGAGACCUACAAGUGUAUUAAGGAAGUGAGAUACAGCCUUCCUCCUUCCCUCACUCCCUCUGCACAGAAGCUGAUAUCCGCAAUCCUUCAGAAAAACCCGUCUGACCGCCUUACACUGGAUCAGAUACUGGCCCACGAGUAUUUCACAAAGGGCUUCACCCCAGAAAAACUCCCUCCCAGCAGCUGUGUGAUGGUGCCUGAGCUUAAUCCACCCAGCCCUGCCAAGAAGUUCUUCACCAAGAUGGCUAAAAGCCUCUUUGGCAAGAAGAAAUCGAAAGCUGUUGAAAAGACACCUUGUGAGGAGAAAGAUGACAUUUCUAAACUGGUUUCCGGCAUGGUGAAGCACUCCAUCGGUCGGCAAAUGAGCUACAAGACAAUGGGAGUGAAUGAGGCCACUUCUCCUACGGUUCAACUGGCAAGCUCUGGCCCCCUGGACACCCCGGCAGAGGAGGAGUCCAGGAAGUCUGCGUCUCGUUCCUUCAAAGGCACCGUCGCCAGCAGCACUGAUGCUAGUGACGAUAUCCCUACCCCUGCUGCUGUGGCCGAAUCUGCCAUGAAGGUUCUUAACAGUUGCUUGUCUUCCAUGCCGACAGCUUCAAGAAACCCACCCUGCCUUUCUAAAAUCAAGCCUUUCAUCUGGGUAACCAAGUGGGUCGACUACUCCAACAAAUACGGCUUCGGUUACCAGCUCUCCAAUCAAAACGUCGGUGUACUCUUCAACGAAGGCACUCAUCUGAGCCUGUGUGACCAGCGGCGGACUGUACAUUACUGUCUGACGAACAACAAACACUUUAGUUUUCCAGCUGACGCUUUACCAGAAAAGCUCCAGAAUCAAAAGCACAUAGUGGAUUUGAUGGCUAACUACAUGGAGCAGAACCUAAUGGAGGGUGGAGACGUCAACUGUGAGGCCCAGCCACCUCCAAGCUCUUCUCCAUUGCUUCUGCAGUGGAUCAAGACUGAUCACGCCUUAGUCAUGCUCUUUGACAACCGAACCCUACAGGUUAAUUUUUACACAGACCAUACAAAAAUCAUCCUGUCCAAGACUUCGGACUCCUCGUACUUGCUGACCUACAUCAGCAAGGAGCGCGUCUCUUAUUCCUACCCUCUGAAUGUGCUUUCCCAAUGGGGCUGCUCUCCGGAGCUCCGGCAGCGGCUUCAUUAUGUGGUACAGCUUCUCCAGCACUACACCAACGCAUAAUGACUAAGAACUUCGAUUACGACUUGCUGCUUACCGCUUCCGUUUGAGAAGCAAAAAAGGACUAUGACAAAGAAAAAAAAAUCGGGGGAAGCUUCCACGUUGCCAUGAAGAUCUCCUGUCCUUGGUCAUCGACUGGCCUCUUUGAACUAUGGUGCACUAUUUUUCGUUUGGUUUUUAGUUGUUUUUGCGACCAACCGUAUCACACUACCAGCUUGACUCACAGUGUGCACAACCAAAAUUUGAGCUUGUUCUUUUUAUGAUUUCAUUUUUUUUAGCUGGACUGAAGUGCAGAUGGCAAAACUCACAGGGUUCUUAAGCGUCUUGCUUUUGCUCGCGAUGUCCCAAACACUGCGCAAGAUGAGCUUGACUUUUUAUGCUCGAUCACUUGGCCUUUUUUUUUUUUUUUUUAAAAAGGACAUUUUAUUUCACUAAA